UGCUCAGCGUGAAACAAAUAUGGCAUCUGCAGGUCUCCAGAUUUUGGGCGUCUUCCUGGCAACAGUCGGCUUUCUGGGCGAUAUCAUCAUCUGCAUCCUGCCCAUGUGGAAGGUGUCUGCUUUCAUCGGGAACAACAUCGUGACGGCACAGACCUUUUGGGAGGGCCUGUGGAUGAACUGUGUGAAGCAGAGCACCGGGCAGAUGCAGUGCAAGGUCUACGACUCUCUGCUGGCUCUCCCUCGUGAUUUGCAGGCGGCCCGGGCCUUGGUUGUCGUCUCCAUCCUGGUCGCCUUAAUGGGAAUCCUGCUUUCUAUCGCCGGAGGAAAAUGCACCAACUGUAUUGAAGAUGAAGCGGCCAAGACCAGGGUAGCCAUUGCUGCGGGGGUGUUCUUCAUCGUUGGCGGUAUCCUGUGCCUGAUCCCCGUGUCCUGGUCUGCGCACGAGGUCAUCAGAAACUUCUACAACCCCAUGAUUAUCGACUCGCAGAGGAGGGAGCUCGGAGCGGCGCUGUUCAUCGGUUGGGGCUCAGCAGGACUCAUGUUGAUUGGCGGGGUCCUUCAUUGCUGCCAUUGUCGCCAGCGUACAGAUAGAGGAUACACUGCCAAAUAUUCUGCCGCACGCUCAGCAGCCAGCGGAGGAGCCUAUGUUUAAAAUGUCUGCUUUCUUGUUUAGCUCUAGGAAACUAGACUGAACUCUUCAAAGCAAUAUUUUAUGAUCUUAACUUUAUUUCAAGUUGUUUUUUGCUGAUUUUGUUUUUAAUAAAUUAAACUUUGCUUAUAACCACUGACAUUUCUCGUUUGUGGGGCGUCUGCUUGAUGGUGACUUUAAAGAUUUUGAGAUGGUGGUUUGGGCUUUACAAAGCCUUAGCUCUUGGCUUCCUUCAACCUAGCUGGUAUAGGUGUCUUACUUUAGUGUCACUGUUACCACUUUGCAUCUUAUUUACACUU